UACACACUAAUUUUACGCCAUUUUCUCUGAUUAUCUCUCUGGUGUCCUAGCUGAUGUUCUAUAAGCAGAGCCCUUUUGCGGGCAGAGUAGUCUCUGCUGAAGCUACUACCGCUUACCAACCGCAGGGACUUGGGAAAUAUUCAGAGCCUAAACCAGGUCCAGUUUUCGAGAAUCCAAUGUCUUCCUCUUCAGGAAUUUCUGGAGAAAACAGCGUUCGUCACUGGCAGGAUACUUUUAAGCAAUCCAAAGCUCCGGUGUAUCUUCUGAGGGGUACAAGGGAUAAGGUUAUCUACAGGGGCCUUAUGGGUGUCCUUCCUGUUGGAAUGGGUGUUGCAGCCUACUACUACUACAUGAUGUCCACUGGUAAAUUGAAAAGGAAGGAGAGAUGAAACUGAUUGGAAUCCAAGUCAAUUUUCCUCAUUUAAAACUUCUUCUGUCAACAUUUUUGCAUUUUCGAAAGAACUUUAGUUACUGCUUUGAUUGUCCAAGUGGAUGGUGGUCAAAAUAUUUUCAUUCUCUGGUAUUAUUUUGGUUCAGAGUUGUUGUUCAAACCUGAUUAAGCAUUAAUUUCUAAUGUAAAGAUGUCUCAUUUGAAACAACUUUAUGCUUUAGUUUACUCUACGCGAGGUUAUUGAUAAUAAUAAAGUACAUUUAACUACCUGCA